UGCAUAGAUUUAAUAAUAAACGUUCCUCGAGGUCUAGAUUGCAUAAUGAACGAAAUAGCCACGGCAACUCAUAUGCCAUGUGUUCACAUGGUGAUGCUAGUGGUAACUUGGAGGAAGAUUGGCAUGAACCGCCUUCCGUUACCCCAAAUGUGGCAAAGACGCAAUGGGAAGCUGAAGCCGCACAGACAUUGUUGUCAUCAGAGCUAAUCACUUCCAAUUCGAAUGUGGAUAAUAACAAUGUCAGCUUGGUACUUGCUGCAAAAGACUUGAAAGAGCGCACAGAUGAAACUGAGCUGAGUGUUGAAUCCCAAAUGCAGAACUUUAUGCUAUGCCUAGAAUCGUAUGCUGCAAUUCCCGAAUAUGCGUUGUCAGAGGAAGUGUUCAAUGUAGACAAGCCGUUGGAAGCUGUUCGCCUGGGUGCUGAAUUGCCUUCUAAAACGCUCUCACAAGCGCACACAGUUGGCAAUAAAUUGUUACUAACUAUUACUGAGGUCUAUAGCCCGUUUCAGUUCUGGUUUCAAGAGGCUGAAGAUGCGGCCAUGCUGAGACAGAUGUCCUAUGAGAUGUACAAUUUGUAUAAUGAUCCUCAUGGAUUGUCCUGGAAUCUGGCGUUAUACUUUGUAAGACCUGGCUACAUUUGCGCUGCCUAUCACGAAUGUAUAUGGAAGCGUGCUCGCAUUAUUAACGUGUUGUCCACCAACGAGGUGACCGUCUAUUGUGUGGACUAUGGUCAGUGUGCUCAGUUGACGACGAAGCAGCUUAACUUUUUGCACAAGAGGUUCAUGGAGCAACCAGCGAUUUCGAUGCGUGGCACCCUGACAGAUGUGUAUCCCUUGGACUAUCAUUGGUCGGCGAAUGCGACGUUGCACUUUAAGCGUCUGGUGCGUCAACGUGAUCUUUAUGCCAUUAUUAAAGACACUGAUUUGGAGGAACGUAUUCUCUUUGUUAAUAUAUUUGAGAUAUCGGACUUUCAGCACAGCAUCAGUGAGCAGUUGAUCAGUGCUCGCUUAGCCGGCUUUAGUCGAAAUUAUAGCGAUGAGACGAUUAAAGCACACAACGGACGACGUGUUCGCUAUAUACGCGAGCGUCUGCCCAGCUUUGACAUGCUGGAGCAGCAAUUGUUUGUCGCUGACUCUGAUAAGUAUGAGGAGAUGUUCGAUAAUAUCGUUUAUAAUUCACAAUUUUAUAAGCAUUUCGUGGCACCCAAAUUGACCAAUCCCUUUCGUUAUAAGCUUGAGGAAGCGCUGGCCAACUGGUUGGAGAAAUUCAAGCGCAGGAAGGAGUUGGAAAUGAGUUCGAUUUCAUAAACGUAUGUACGGAUAAUAAGUAUUAUAUAUC